AUGUCAGCUGUCCAAGCUCCCGUCACAGCUCAAGAGCUGCAAACGCUCUCCACCAAGGCUAUAGACGCCAAAGCCACCGCCUACUGCCCGUACUCGAAGUUCCGCGUCGGCGCAUGCAUUCUCACCGCGUCGGGGGAAUUCGUCCACGGAGCGAAUGUGGAGAAUGCCGCGUAUCCCGUCGGGACGUGCGCCGAGCGCGUUGCGUUUGGCACUGCAAUUGUGGCGGGCCAUAAGGAGUUCCGGGCUAUCGCCGUUGCAACGGACAUUACGCCAGGCGCGUCGCCAUGCGGGAUGUGCCGACAGUUCAUGCGCGAGUUUACAACGGCCUCAUUCCCGGUGUACAUGUACGACGGGGAGGGGAAGUACACCGUCAAGACCAUGGGCGAGUUGCUGCCGGAUUCCUUCGGACCGGACGACUUGCCCAAGUGA